AGAGAGAGAAAAAAAGGAAAGGGGAUGAUGAUAACUAACACCUCACAGAAUCAGAGAGCUUCUUCUUCCUCUGAAGCAAAGCCGCAGCAGAGUCUGAUGAUGAGCAUGGAGGACAGCGGCAACGUCAUCGCGCCUUUCGUUAUGAAGACUUACCAGAUGGUCAACGAUCCCACAACCGACAGGUUAAUCUCCUGGGGGAGAGCCAACAACAGCUUCAUCGUCGUCGAGCCGCUCGAGUUCUCGCAGCGGCUGUUGCCGGCUUAUUUCAAGCACAACAACUUCUCGAGCUUCGUCCGCCAGCUCAACACUUAUGGAUUCCGGAAAGUUGACCCGGACCGGUGGGAGUUUGCGAACGAGUGUUUCCUGAGAGGGCAGACGCAUUUGUUGAAGAACGUGGUGAGGAGAAAACACACGGGCAAUCACGGCAACAACAACCACAGGAUGGUCAAUACGACGGCGUUUGGUAAGGCGGAGGAGCUUGACGACGAGGAGAUAGUGAUGGAGAUAGCGAGGCUGAGGCAGGAGCAGAAGAGCUUAGAGGAUGAGAUGGAGAGCAUGAACAAGAGACUGGAGGCGACGGAGAGAAGACCGCAGCAGAUGAUGGCGUUUCUUCACAGAGUGGCGGAGGACCCGGAGAUUCUGCCACGUAUGAUGCUGGAGAAGGAUAGGAGAAUCACGGAGGGGGACAAGAAGCGGCGGCUGAUGAUUGCCUCGACGUCAUCAACUUCGUCGUCGGGGAUGGGGGCGACGACAACUUCGGUGAAGACUGAGGAGGAAGUUGACGGGGCCAUGGGGGUGCUUUCGUCGCCGGAACCAGGUUUUGAGGUGCAGAGCUUUUGUCGGGGGUCGACGUCGCCGGAGACUUCGACGGCGCAGGCUUGGUGGAGCCAGGGGCGGGUCGUCGGUCGGACUCGGGGUGAUCAGGAGUUGUAUGGUAGUUCUACGGCCUUAGGCACGCAAUCGGGUCAUGGAAAUGGGAAUAGUAGUAAUUUCGGAUUGGGGUUCGGGUAUAGUGGGAAUAGGAGUGGUAGUGGAGAAGUGGGUUAUUUUGCGGAGGUGGAAGAGAGUCCGCCGCCGCCUUAUCCAUUCUCCCUGUUAGAAGGUGGGUUUUAGUUUUAUUUGGUUUCCCCUUUUUAUUGGUCUUUAAUCUAAAUGUGUUACUUCUCGCCAAAAAAAAACAAAAAAAAAUCUAAAUGUGUUACUCUUUUUUUUUAAUGUUUAUCCUGCAAAACAAAUAAGAAUAAUUCUUUGUU